GAAGUGUUUGUAAAAUUCACUAUGUGAAAAAUGAAUGGUGGAAAGACGAUUGGAACCAUUUCUGAGUUUGACCGCUAGGUCUUAUGGGUAUUAUGACACAUCCACUGUGGGGCUCUAUGCAAACACACAUUUUGCUAGGCCUAUAGUGCCCACUACUGUUUGAGUUCUCCAGUAGUAUAGGAGGAACAGCAAGGGAACUCAAAGGUGCCACUGUCAAUGGUAGGCUGUCCUAAAAUGCAAUUUGGUGUUUAACUUUUAUGACUUGCCAACGACACCGACGUACUAUUUAUCCAUUGAGCAUAGCAUAGUUAAUUGAGAUAAGAUAUAGUCGCCAUCUUAUCAGGAUCUAUGUACAUAACUGUUGUUACCUGCUGCCUAGAUACUGUAACAAAGAGUCAGGUGACAGGCUUCUGUGCCACAAGUUAUGUCUGACUAAGGUAUGGCAGCCACUUUCUGUAUUUAAUUGAAGUUCAUUUCAUUUUCUGACAAAAUGGCAAUGGCUAUGCGAGUUAAUCACUUCAUAUUCCUUCAGGUGAGGAACACAUAGUUGAUUUACCUUUAUCUUCUUGUGCAAGCUGUCAACACUCUUUUCACUACUUUUUAGACUUUCUGUGUUUCUUUUUUCAGAUAGUUUAGUUUUAUUGGAAAUGGGAGCUAGCUACAUUGUUGGAUCAUGAAAGUACUUUGUUUAUACCUUUAAUGUGAGUACUUUUCACCUCUUUGUUUUGUGUUUAUUGUUUAUUUCAGCAGAGUGAGAUCCCUGUAUGGACGAAGACAACCCAAACCAUGGACCAUGUACCAUUCUCUCCACACCACCUUUCUCUUAGAACAUGAACUCUCACUACUUUUACACAUACACAUCACCUCGACCUGUACCUACACACCACUUUUACAGAUUGAUGUAUCCCACCGCCAUCACCCCGAUGCAGUGGCGCAACAACUACAGUCCCUACCUUCCAUCUAUCCCCACCCAGUAUCAAUUCCCCUUAAACCUGAUCUCCAGGAGCACUAGUGGAUCCCAGGGACCUGAUCCUAGGGAGUUCCACCACUAUCAUCAACCUUCACCCCUGCCCUGGUGUAACCAUAGACUUAUGUCUAACCCUUACUGGACCUACCACCAGUGCCUUUAUGCCAACCUUGCUGCUCCAGUGGCUCCUGUGGCCCCUACUCCAACCAGGCCCCAGAGGUUCCAGAACCAGGGAGGGACCUGGCCCGAGGGCUUCACCCUGAGAGGAGAGCUUCGCUGGGGCAGGCUGGAGAGGGUGUAUGGCCCCCGCAGGGAGCUGCCUGAGUUUGUGAGGAAGGACCUGCGGAGAGUGUACGGUACCUACCCCCGGACGGAUGUUAGUAUCACCUACCAGGGAGGGGAGUACGUGGUGCGAGGGGACACCCAUGUUGGGGAACAGGAGUACAGAGUGGAGAGGAGGAUAGUGAGGCAGCAGGAGAGUCCUGAGGGGGAUAGCGAGAGGGAGGUAGUGGAGAAGAUGAAGAAGAGGAGAAAGGUGAGAUGAUUGUAAUGGAGGUUUGGCUAAUAAAUGCCAGCUUUGUUGACAUAUGAAAAUGUAUUUACACAAUUUGUGAUACUUUUGUUAAAUGCUUAUGGAAAAAACGGAUGAAAACUGUUAUAUAGUAGUCGUUGUAUAUUAGUAAAUGUUAAUAGUAGUAAUGUUAUUGCAAAAAAAAAUAUUCCACAUCCAAAUUCCAGAUAAGUUUAAUACAAAGCAGUCAAAUGCUACUUAUUUGUUAAUAUUCUUCAUCUCAUUAUAUGGAGCUACCUCAGGCUACUACAAUGUUGGAGUCAUUCUGGUCUAGUGUUUUCAUUAGGUGGUGUGUACUACUAUGAUUUACAGUAUCAAGGUUCCUGUAACAUUAGCAUUAGCAUUAGCAAGUUUGCUUAAGGAACGAGGGGAUUACUCAUUUUACAGUUUGCUUUGCCACUCUUGUUAUAAACUCCUGUCAUUUGCCUCUUAUCUCUCACUGAAAAACCCCUGUCAUGCAGUUAAACCUUAUCUCUCGUACAUAACGUGCUGUCGUUCUAACCCUUGUCUAUCAUAUUAGUAAUUUCUCAUCUCUCAUACUGUAACCCAGUGUCAUAUUGUAUUAAACACGGUCCAAUCUCUUGUAUCUCAUCACUUUGUCCAUCAACAUAGAAAUAUAAUUACUAGAAUGGACAUUCCCAUUCAAUUCAAUAACUAGUAACUCUGACUAGUGUGACUAGUCAUUCUGUUUCUAUGUCUGUCCUACCAGUCAUUGAUGUUUAUGGACCCUGCUCUUCUCUCUGUCGACUCCAGGUUCUAUGGAACAGGCGUUUGGGUCUGAGUCACCUCUCGCAGUAGAGAGAUAAGACAUAGUUGUGGCCAGGGUGUGUGGGUUGGGUAUGCUGCAUGCUAUUACUUCA